CUUAGUGCCUUACCCUGGCUUUUUGACCGACCCCGCCCGCAGCACACCACUUCACCUCCGUGCAAAGCAACAAAAGCAAAGCAACACUUCCCCAGGGGAGGGCAAAGUAGAGCAGCACCCAGCAUCAUAUCCCUUCUUGCUUGCUUGCUUCUCCGCUAAGGCAUCAUGGCCGCCGCCAACAAUUGCAAGCCUCCCCCGCCGCCGGUGCCGGUAAUCCACCACCACAGCAAGACCACCGCGGCUGCGGCUGCGGCUGCGGGGUACCAACAACAAUCAUACAACGACGACAUGUCGUGCACCACGACUAGUUACUGGCGGGAGGAACGCCGGGCGCUGGACGGCAUCGUGGUGGCGCUGCGCGCGGCUGCCGCGCUGCUGACGUUGGUGGCCGUGGCGCUCGUCGCGUCCUGCCGCCACGGCGACUGGAUGGAGUUCGCCCGCUACCAAGAGUACAGGUACCUUCUGGGGGCCUCCCUCGUGGCCUGCCUCUACUCCGCCGCGCAGGCGAUACGCAGCUUCCGCCGGAUCCGGAUGCGCGCCGCCACCGCGGGAUCAGGAGGAGGCAGCAGUAUUCUUCUUCUCCAUUUCGCCGGCGACCAGGCGGUGGCGUAUCUGCUCAUCACAGCGGCGUCGGCUGCGCUCCCCAUCACCAUCCGCAUCAGAUCCGCCGUCAUCAACAUCUUCACGGACGCCAUGCUAGCCGCCAUCAGCCUCGCCUUCGCCGCCUUUGCGGCGCUCGCCUUCUCCGCCACCAUCUCCGGCUUCAGGAUCUCCUCCGCCGCCGCCGCGCAACUACCAUACUAGCUAGCCACCUAUAUCGUCUGCAUCAUGCAUGCAUGUACUGGACUGACGACUGUUCCAGAUCUGGUAUGCUGAUGAUAUAUAUAUGAUCGAUAUGCAUGCCACCAUAUAUUGUAUAGUCCAUGCAACUCAAUAUUGGCCUUGUUUGGUUUGUUGUGCUAAUCAACAGUGAUUUGUGCUAAUAUCUAUGUAUGGAGUACUAAACAAAAUUUAUUUGCAAAUUUUUUUUU